AUGUUGGAAGCACGCCUCGAACAAGCCGAUCUCAUAAAGAAGGUGGUGGACUCCAUCAAAGACCUCGUCCAGGACUGCAACUUUGACUGCAAUGACUCGGGUAUCGCGCUGCAGGCCAUGGACAACUCGCACGUGGCGCUCGUGUCCAUGAUGCUCAAGGCGGAGGCCUUUUCGCCAUACCGCUGCGACCGCAACAUUGCGCUGGGCGUCAACCUGACGUCGCUGACCAAGGUGCUGCGCGCGGCGCAGAGCGACGACAUCCUCACGCUCAAGGCCGAGGACACGCCCGACGUGGUCAACCUGCAGUUCGAGACGAGCACCAACGACCGCAUCAGCGAGUACGACCUCAAGCUCAUGGACAUUGAUCAGGAGCACCUGGGCAUCCCCGAGACGGAGUACGCGGCGGCCAUUACGAUGAGCUCGACCGAGUUCCGCCGCAUCUGCACCGACCUGGCGGCCAUGUCCGAGUCCGUGAGCAUCGACGCGUCCAAGGACGGCAUCAAGUUCUCGGCCAACGGCGACAUUGGCAGCGGCAGCGUCACCCUGCGCAACAACACCGCCCUCGACGACAAGAGCAAGAAGGACAAUGUCGAGAUCAACCUCAGCGAGCCCGUCAGCCUGACCUUUUCGCUCAAGUACCUCGUCAACUUUUGCAAGGCCACCUCUGUCUCCUCCACCGUCACAAUCAGCCUGUCGAACGAGGUGCCGCUGCUCGUGUCCUACGACCUGGGCUCGGGCAGCUACCUGCGCUUCUACCUGGCGCCCAAGAUUGGUGAUGAAGAUGCUCCCAGCACACUGCGCAAGAUCAUGACCUCGCUGCUCCCCGUGCCGGAGACGAGAGUCCUGGCUGUGGCCAGUCAUGUUGUCUCAGGCUACGUCGGCAACAAGAUCGCCGUCUUCACCCUCCAGUCUCUAGGCUGCGACGUGGCAGCCCUCAACACCGUCCAAUUCAGCAACCACACCGGCUACCGACAAUGGCAGGGCACCAAAUCGACUGCACAGGAGAUCACGGCCCUCUACGAGGGCCUCCAGUCCGCCUACCUCGAUGAUUUUGACAUGAUGCUCUCCGGGUACAUACCGGGCGCCGAAGCCGUCAACGCCGUCGGGGCCAUCGCCAAGGCUCUCAAGGAGAAGAACCGCGACAACUUCUUCUGGGUGCUCGACCCCGUCAUGGGGGACAACGGGCGGCUGUACGUGGCAGAGGACGUUGUGCCGGCAUACAGGGGCCUGGUUCAGUACGCAGACCUCAUCCUGCCGAAUCAGUUCGAGGCGGAACUGCUAUCGGGCGUCGCGAUCAAGGACAUGGCCAGUCUCACAGCGGCCAUCCAGGCGUUGCACGACACCUACAAGAUCCCCCACGUCGUCAUCACGUCCGUCACGCUGCCCCACGCGCCGGAAGACCUGCCCUCCCCCUCCGCGGGGAAGCAUCUGUCGGUGGUGGGCUCGACCAUGACGUCGGCCGGGCGGGCGCGGCUCUUCAAAAUCGUCUUUCCGGCCAUCGACUGCUACUUCAGCGGCACGGGCGACAUGUUCGCCGCCCUCAUGGUGGUCCGCAUGCGCGAGGCCGUCUCGGCCGUCCCGGGCCUCGGCGGCAAGACGAGCUGGCAGAGCGGCGACGACGUGCCGACCCUCCAACUGCCGCUCGCCAAGGCGGCCGAGAAGACGCUGGCGAGUAUGCACGAGCUUCUGUCGCGGACGAGCGCGCGCAUGGGCCAGGUCGUGGAGAAGACGACGCGUGGCAUGACCGAGGACGACAAGAAGGACGACAAGAAGAUGCACCUCGUCAAGAGCAAGGCGGCCGAGCUGCAGCUGGUACGCAACCCGGAUUGUCUGCGUGAUCCAAAGGUGCAGUUCCAGGCGAAGGAGAUGUAG